CGUGUUCGCUGCCGCCAAGGCCGCCGCUGCAGCCGAAGUCGAUCUCGGAUCCGCGAGCGCCACCAGGGCAGCAGCCGCCGCAGCCGCCGCCGCUGAGCUGAGGAGCCGGAGACGCGGGCGGACGAGGUGGCGGCGGCGGCGGAGCGGGAGAGGGGAACGGACGCGGGUGGAGCGCGGCGGCGCGGGUGUAAUCCAGAGAACAGUUUUCAAACAUCUUUGCUUACUUUUGACACUGAGCAGUUGGGAUUUAGGCAUAUGAGGAGGUACUGUCACACAAAACAGUGUCUAGUGAAGACGACAAGAAAGAGAGAAAAGGAUCGGAAAAAGAAGCUAAAAUUCCAUAGGAAACCAUGAGAUCUAUUAGAUCUUUUGCCAAUGACGAUCGCCAUGUUAUGGUGAAGCAUUCAACAAUCUAUCCAUCUCCGGAGGAGCUUGAAGCUGUUCAGAAUAUGGUGUCUACUGUUGAAUGUGCUCUUAAACAUGUCUCAGACUGGCUGGAUGAGAAUAAAGGCACAAAAACUGAUGGAGAGACAGAAGUAAAGAAAGAUGAGACGGUGGAAAACUAUUCCAAGGAUCAAGGUGGCCGGACAUUGUGUGGUGUAAUGAGGAUUGGCUUGGUUGCAAAAGGCUUGCUGAUUAAAGAUGAUAUGGACCUCGAGCUGGUUUUAAUGUGCAAAGACAAACCCACGGAAACCCUGCUAAAUACAGUCAAAGAUAACCUUCCUGUUCAAAUUCAGAAACUGACAGAAGAGAAAUACCAAGUGGAACAAUGUAUAAGUGAAGCUUCCAUUAUAGUUCGGAACAUGAAAGAGCCCACACUGACUUUGAAGGUGAUACUUACUUCUCCUCUAAUUAGGGACGAAUUGGAGAAGAAAGAUGGAGAAAAUGUUAUGAUGAAAGACCCUCCGGACUUACUGGACAGGCAGAAAUGCCUGAAUGCCUUGGCUUCUCUGCGACAUGCCAAAUGGUUUCAGGCAAGGGCAAAUGGAUUAAAAUCAUGUGUAAUUGUCCUCCGCAUUCUGCGUGAUUUGUGCAACAGAGUACCCACAUGGGCGCCGUUGAAAGGAUGGCCACUAGAGCUUAUAUGUGAAAAGUCUAUAGGUACUUGUAAUAGACCUUUGGGCGCUGGGGAGGCCUUGAGACGAGUAAUGGAGUGUUUGGCAUCUGGAAUACUACUUCCUGGGGGUCCUGGCCUUCAUGAUCCUUGUGAGCGAGACCCAACAGAUGCUCUGAGCUAUAUGACCACUCAGCAAAAAGAAGAAAUCACUCAUAGUGCACAGCAUGCACUUAGACUAUCAGCCUUUGGCCAGAUUUAUAAAGUGUUGGAAAUGGACCCCCUUCCAUCCAGUAAGCCUUUUCAGAAGUAUUCCUGGUCAGUUAGUGAUAAAGAAGGUGUUGGAUCUUCAGCUCUAAAGAGGCCAUUUGAAGAUGGAUUAGGGGAUGAUAAAGAUCCCAAUAAGAAGAUGAAACGAAACUUAAGGAAAAUUCUGGACAGUAAAGCAAUAGACCUUAUGAAUGCACUAAUGAGAUUAAAUCAGAUCAGGCCUGGGCUUCAAUAUAAGCUUUUGUCACAAUCUGGCCCGGUCCAUGCCCCAGUCUUCACAAUGUCUGUAGAUGUGGAUGGUACAACAUAUGAAGCCUCAGGACCAUCCAAGAAAACAGCAAAACUUCAUGUAGCAGUCAAGGUUUUGCAGGCGAUGGGAUACCCAACAGGUUUUGAUGCAGAUAUUGAAUGUAUGAGCUCCGAUGAAAAAUCAGAUAAUGAAAGCAAAAAUGAAACAGUAUCUUCAAACUCAAGCAAUAAUACUGGAAAUUCUACAACUGAGACCUCCAGUACCUUAGAGGUAAGAACUCAGGGUCCUAUUCUCACAGCAAGUGGCAAAAACCCUGUAAUGGAACUCAAUGAAAAAAGGAGAGGUCUCAAGUAUGAACUCAUCUCAGAGACUGGUGGAAGCCAUGACAAGCGCUUUGUAAUGGAGGUAGAAGUAGAUGGCCAGAAAUUUAGAGGUGCAGGUCCAAACAAGAAAGUGGCCAAGGCAAGUGCAGCACUAGCUGCUCUGGAGAAGCUGUUUUCUGGACCCAAUGCAGCAAAUAAUAAGAAAAAGAAGAUCAUUCCUCAGGCAAAGGGUGUUGUGAAUACGGCAGUAUCUGCAGCAGUUCAGGCAGUUCGGGGCAGAGGAAGAGGAACUCUGACAAGGGGAGCAUUCGUGGGGGCUACAGCAGCUCCUGGCUAUAUAGCUCCAGGUUAUGGAACACCAUAUGGUUACAGCACAGCUGCUCCUGCAUAUGGUUAAUACUUUUAAGCAGUUUUCAGCACGUUUAUCUCACUUUAUUCUCGUUCUCCUCGGACCUCCGUAGCCAUAUCACUUGUAUAAGAUAGGCUGAGCUAUAGUGACUGUAAGCUGUGAUCUCAGUACACAAAGGUAAGCUCUUUUAUUUUCUGAUUAAAGAAAAAAUAACCAAUUAACACAACCUGCAUAUAUGACAAUCAUAUGAUGUAUUUGAUCUCUUAGGUCUUAUGUCACUGCAUUAACUUUAACUUUUUAUGGCCUAAAUGUAAAAUAGUAAUUUUCAGCAUUUGUUUUAAUACUCUUGUAAAUGCUUUUUAUUCAGGAGAAACAUUUCACAUUCACCGAGUCAAGUGUAUGUGAGUAGAAACUUAGAAUAUAAUGUAUAUGUAAAUUAUACAUAGAAGCACUUGUUUGAAUAUAAUAAUUCAGUGGUAGGAACACUUAACAAAGAAUUAAAAUGACAGGGCACUCUCUAGGAGCUGGAAUAUCAGAAACAGUAACAUUGGUAACAGUACCAUAGGAUUUAUGUGUGCAAUUGCUACACAGGCUGAGGGUAUAAGUGCCAAUCUCAAGAAGAAAACCUUCUCUGACCUGUGUUGUAUGCUCCAUUACAGCAACAGCAAGAAGCCAUUAAAAAAAAAAAGCAAUAAAAAAAGACAAAACUAUUAUUCACUGUGGGAAAUAUGUGUAAUUGGCUGUGUUAAGUUAUUUACAGAAUCAACUUGAGCAAGACUCAGAAAUAGUAAUACAGAGUCCACAGAAAACAAAUUGACUUAAGGAAUCUAUGUUUUCCAAGUAGGGUACCUAGAGUAUUAUUUCUCACUGUAGUCAGUCAUCAACAAAGUUCAUUUAAAGAAUAUGAGGGUUAGGCCAGAUACUUUAAUAAGGAUUUGCUUCAUUUAGUAUACCCCAUAAAUACACUUCAUUAUUCUGUGUUAAAGCUGUAUUUAUAUAGAUAGAUAUAUAAAAAUAAAUUUUAUGUUUUACAUUUCUAUAGCAGUUUCUGUUCAUUUCUAGCAUUAAGGUUGCUGGGAAAACUUUGUUCCCAUAUAGAACCUGUAGUUUCUGAGAUUGACUUCUGUUAAAGGCUGUACAAGGCAGAGCAGAGCAGUGUAGUCCUGUGCCUGUUGAUGCCAGGUCCUUUUUGGGACCAGGGUAAGAGGUCCUGGUCAGUGGGAGCAUCUGAAAUCUGAACAUUUCCUUGCUGGUGGAAUUGGCCUGGUUUUAAAUAAAUACCCAACUUUGGGAGAACAGUGAAAAAAGUUAUUAAUUUAUUUACUAGUUUAAUUAUAAAAUACUGAACAUUGUAGGCUUUCUAACACCAGAAAAUUUAUGUUACUUGAGGAUCUCCUCAUGUAGCAUACUUCCCUGGCACUUUCGAGGGCCUGAAAUCUGCUCUUGUUAUGCUGCUCUGCUCUGUCCACAUGUGUGGUCAAAAAGUGGGAUGGGCGCCCAGCACACAUUGCAGCCCUGCUUGGCAGCAGGCUCUGUAAUCUGCAAAGGAUACAGUGGGAAAUGUAAACACUGACUACCAUUAUAAUAAAUCACUUGCUGUAACAUUCCUGAUUCUUAUUUAUUUAUUUAUUUACUUACUUACUUACUAAUGAUUAGAGUGCAGGAGAAUAGUCAGUACUAACAGAAAUGAGCUAGAGAUGUUUUCUCCCCAAGCUGUCGGAGCUUGUAAACCAGGGGUAUUGUGAGCAGAGUGACAUCUGAAAAGCGGCCUCUCUGUCCAUUCUUUUAAUGCCAGUGUCACCUCAACUCAACCAGAACCAGAAGGUACCAUGGCAUUCAGGUUUGAUCUCUGCAACAUCUGAUGCCAUGCAGCCAGUG